AAAUAACCCAAUUUAUCAAAGUCCAAUUACCCAAUAAAAUUGAAUCAAAUGCCCAAAUAACUCCCAUUUCUCCCAAAUCGUGGAACGGUGGAAGGCUGGAAGAAAACCCUUUUCCAAUUUAUUCAAUUCUUCCUUCCCCGCUCGCCCCUACCAGCAUGACGCUGCACACAAGUGACGAGACACAAUGGUGCCGGAGACCACCGAUUUCGCCCCUGCCCUGUAGGCUGCAGUGUGAGACACUUCUUCCUUCGCCAACGCCGGUGCUAACUGCUCAACACCAUGUUUAAUAGUUUAAGGGUAUCAAUUUGGUGUGAAAUUGGAACAAAAUCGCGGAAUUCUUUGUCCACUUGGUGAGCUAGUUCUCUGGUUCACUGGUUGGAGACUUGGAGCCAAUAUUAAUGCUAAGGGAUUCCUUCCUCAGUUUCAGCCUCCUUAUCAAAAAUCCUAGAUCCAUCCUGGUAGAAUCCAAUUUAUAAUGGCUCCCUCGACCAUCAUUCCAAGCUCUUCACCUUUCAUCAAGAAAGAUGCGGGUUUCUCAACCUUCUCUUCAUAGCCUUCAUUUUAUAUACAGAGUUCCAAGAAAAUGGUCUCCAGGAAAAUUGCGUCUGUGAUGGCACCACAACAAUCUGAGCGCAAACCAUCCACAACUGGUUCGGUGAGAACAUAUUUUGGGAUAAAGUUUGUGAUUUUUCUCCUGGUUUUCUGAUGUAUUGGAUUUAAUGGUGUGAUUUUGGUAAAUUUCGGAUAUUUUCCAAGUCAAAACCGGGUUGACCAUGACUGAAAAGAUACUAGCAAGGGCUUUAGAGAAAACCCAGUUGGUCGCUGGAGAGUGUGUGGGUGAAAGUUGAUAUUUUGAUGCCCCAUGAUGCUUGUGGCCCUGGUGCCAUUGGAAUUUUCAAGAAAGAUUUUGGAGAAAAUGCAAAGGUCUGCCAUCGCGAAAAGGUUGUUAUCAUACCGGAUCAUUAUAUCUUCACUACUGAAGAACGAGCAAAUCGUAAUGUGGAUAUCUUGACGGAUUUCUGUGUUGAGCAAAAUAUUAAAUAUUUCUAUGAUAUUAAAGAUCUUGGGAAUUUCAAGGUGAAUACAUAUUAUAAAGGUGUAUGCCAUGUAGCUAUUGCCCAAGAAGGACAUUGCAGACCUGGAGAGGUCUUGCUGGGUGCAGACUCACAAACAUGUACUGCUGGAGCAUUUGGUCAGUUUGCAACUGGAAUUGGUAAUAUUGUUGCAAAUUUUGGAGGGUUAUCUUGCUUCCCUUACCCAUCAAGUUCAUCAUUCUAUACAUGAAAGUCAGCUGCAAUAUCCACCAAAGGGUAAUUAGCACAAAACGUCCAUACCUUUAAGGUUUAUUGCGGAAAAUGCCCCACUUUUUUUUUUGACAUUUUUGCCCUUAUUUCCACCUUUCUUUGUGAAAAACAUCCUUUCGUCCACUGACCAUCACUUGCUCCAUUAAUUUAGUACAAAAAUACAGUUUUAUUUUCAAACAUCAAGGGCAAAACAGUCUCAACCCAUUUACACCCCUUCUUUCCGCCUUUAAAUUGUUAUUUCAAAACCAACACUAAGCAGCCAAAUGAAAAUAAUGGAUGAAAUUAUUAUACUAAAUAAAGAAAAAAAGGGUGAAGAACAUUGUAUUUAUAAACUAUGGCUACUAUUAGAUGGGUUAUUGAAAAAUUUAAAAUAAUAAAUGAAGAUAUAUAUUGAAUGGAUUAUCAAUGAACUGGUGAUGUUCAUUUCCAUUUUCAUGCUUAUUAAGGGUGUAACCAAUGGGUAAAUUGAGAAGAACAAGUGCAAAUUUGUUGCAAUGAAGUACCUAUAAGAUUUCGAUGGUGAAUGGUCCAUUUGGCCCAA